AUGAUGGUGGGUAAUUCAAUUGAACUCAGUGACAGUGAAUUAAUGGCUAAUGAAAUAAUAAUGGACCUUAAGCGUGAAGUAAUAGAUUAUGGUUUUCGGAAUCCUAAACAUUAUCAUCUUUCGAAGCAUUUCUUUGAAUAUAAGGAGAUGGUGAAAGAUACCAAAUUGUACAAAAUAUUGAAGAGUAUGCCUAAGGGUGCAGUACUCCAUGGACACGACACAGCUAUGCUCGGUCCAGACUACGUACUUGAAUUGACUUAUUAUGACGACUUGUGGAUAUGUUUCAAGGAAGACCAAUCCGAUAUAAGCUUUAUUUUUUCAAAAUACCGCCCUUCUGGAUGGUGUGAAACCAAAUGGGAACGAGCGGAGGAUAUAAGAAGCACUACGAAUGUUACAGAAUUUGAUGCCAAACUUCGAAAAUUCUUUACUAUUGUGAUUGACAAUCCCCAAGAAGUUUACACCGAUGUCAAUACGGUAUGGGAAUAUUUUUCGAAGUAUUUUAUCCGUACGGGGCCUCUAUUUACUUACAAACCGGUGUGGGAGAAGUAUUAUUACGAUACAUUAUUUGCUUUAAGAGAAGACAACAUCAUGUAUUUCGAAAUUAGAAGUGUAUUGCCACCAUUGUACGAUUUGGCAGGUAAUGUUUAUGAUUCUGUAGACACAGCCAAAAGUUAUAAGCGAGUGACAGAAAAAUUCAAGAAAGAUUAUCCAGAUUUCUUCGGGGCAAAAUUGAUAUAUGCUCCUCUUAAAUUAGUGGACAGAGCGACUGUGAAAAAUUAUAUUAAAAUAGCUAAAGAAAUUCAUGAGCUGAUGCCUGAUUUCCUUGCGGGUUUUGAUUUGGUCGGCAAGAGGAUUUGGGAAGGCCUUUAA